AUGGGCAGUGAGAAGAGGAGCACAUACACCCGAUUCUUGGAUGUAUUUAAGAAUCUUCAUGUCAACAUUCCCUUCCUCGAAAUCCUCAAACAGAUGCCUACUUGUAUCAAGUGGAUACAGGAGUUACUAGCUAGGAAGAGCAACCUGAAAGGUGGCCAAACAGUGGUGAUGAACAAGGACUGCAGUGCUCUCAUUCAGAAGACAUUACCCAUAAAGAAAGGGGAUCCGGGAAGCUUUCACAUUCCCUGUGCAAUAGGAGAUAUCAUGAUUGAUAGAGGAUUCUGUGAUUUGGGAGCCAGCAUAAAUUUGAUGCCUCUGUCUUUCAUGAAAAGAUUGAAAAUCAACAAGCUUAAGUCCACAGAUGUAAUCAUCCAAUUGGCUGACAAGACUCAGAAGCAAGCUGAAGGAGUAGUCGAGAAUAUACUGGUCAAAGUGGAAAAUUAG